GUUAACCUUGCACGCAGUUUGCAAAUAAACACUGUCGCGUGGUAUCCUUGCAUUUUGUGCUAAUGCAUAAUAUAAACAUUUUGAAAUGCGUAUAAAGUCCUGGACGUUAUCAGUUCUCUUCAUAACUUUUUUCAAAUCUUGUCCAAGAAGACUUACUGAAUUUAUAAAGGUUCUCUAAAAAGUUUGUUAUACAGUGUAAAGAAAAGAACUGGAACGAAAGAAAUGAAACGCAUUGCAGUAAUUGGGGCUGGUGCUAGUGGUCUAACUGCUAUAAAAUGUUGCCUUGACGAGGAACUUGAACCCGUGUGUUUUGAGAGGACAAACUAUAUCAGCGGAUUAUGGCAUUACACAGAAGAGGUGGAGGAGGGUCAGGCAUGUGUUAUGAAAUCCACGGUGAUCAACACAUCGAAGGAGAUGAUGUGCUACAGUGAUUUUCCUACACCGGCAGAUUACCCGAUAUUCAUGCACCAUAAGUAUGUUGACCAGUAUUUACAUAUGUAUGCUGACAAAUUUGGAUUACAGAAAUACAUACAUUUCAAUACGGAGGUAAGUAACACGGAAUCAUUAAUAGUACCGCAUUUAGAACGGGUUCCUUGGGCGUUAAAUGCCUUGACAUUCUUCUAUAGUUAUUGAAUAUUUGGGAAAAUAAAAAAAGACCUUAUGUUUAGUGCAUUUUCACAAAAGUGACUGAUACUAUGUCAAAAUGCAAGUAAGUUUAGCAUUGUCCUAUAUACCAUCCUCUGGGGGAAAACGUCCCAACUGAAGGACAAUUUAUGAAUGAAAAUGAGGAACAAUAUAUUGGUUUGUAGCACGUUAUCUAUUUCACCUUGUUGUAAAAUACUGCAACAAAUAAUGGCUGAAAAUGUUACUUGAGCCUGUCCAUAUAUUCACGGGCUGUAUUUUGUCUGUACUUUUGCUUAGCAUAUUAAAGUAAUGUAAAAGCAACAAGGUUGAUCUACUACUCAGACUCAGUAUAAUAUAGGAAUUAAAAGAAAAAAAAAUACAUAAAGAA